GAAGUUUGUUUACAACAGCACGAAAACUGUCUGGCAGCACUGCACCACACACGUGCAACUGUUGAGGGUUUUGUUUUAGUUGGUUUUCCUCAAUUCCGCACUGAAUUUAUUAUAAACAAUAUGACAAAUACGGCGAAAAAGGAAACCCAAGCUGAAGGGAAGCACCAGUUGCAUAAUGUGCGCUUCUACACCAUCAAACCCCGUGCAAUUGUCAGUUUGGCGUACAGCAAAAAGAGCAAGUGUCUCGCUCUGAGUCGAGAAGCACCCAGCAUAGAGUUAUGGAAUCUGGAGCAUGCACCCUACUUGGAGUCUGUUAUUCACCUGCCAGAAGAUUCUUCUGUGGAGUCCUUAGUCUGGGCUGGCAAUAGACUGUUUUCGGUGGAUCUUUCGGGUCAUCUUAUCGAAUGGGAUCUUAAAAACCUUAAGCCACGCUAUGAUCAUUCACCAACCGGCAAUGCCCUCUGGUGUUUGGACGUUAAUCCCUCGGAAACGGAACUGGCAGUGGGAUCCGAGGAGGGCCACAUAAACAUCCUGAGCAUUGAAAAUGACGAAGUCACGUAUAAAUCGCUCUUCAACCAGCAAAAGGGUCGCGUGCUCUGCUUAAAGUUCGACAAAACUGGUAAAAAACUAGUGUCUGGCACCGAGGGAUUCGUAAGGAUCUGGAAUGUUCUCAAAGGAACCACUUUACACACCAUGACACUGUCGGCAAAGGACGUGAUUGUGUGGUCCCUUCAGGUUCUAUCUGAUAAUACAAUUAUAGCUGGAGACUCGGAAGGAUUUGUUACAGUUUGGAAUGCAGAGAACGCCACCCAGAUCGAUUCUACUCGAGUGUUGGACAAAAACGUGUUUGCCCUCGCUGUGAACGAGAAGGAGGAUCGCCUGGUUUGCAGCGGUAUGGAGCCGCCCCUGAUUCGAGUCUUCAGCAAAACCCAGAUCAAGCGGGAGGAGUCUUCCUGUGAGCGUUGGAUUAAAUUCGUUCAGCGCGACGCCCACAAGCACUACGUGAAAUCCCUUGCCGUGGUCGAUGGUCAGAUCUUUUCGGGAGGCCUAGACGGCAUCUUGACAAUCACAUCCAGCGAAAGGAUGCAGGCGCAUCUCUCACAGCAUGCUCCGUUCUUAAAAGGAUCAGUGGCGUCAGUAGCCGCCAGUCAGAAGCUUUUGCUUUUGAGGUACCCGAGCAGUCUCCAUCUCUGGCAAUUAGGAUCAGUGGUUGCACCCGAUGAGGAGAAAAAGAAGCCCUGGAAUCAUCCAGUGGGCCACACGGAGGAUCUCCUUCUAGAACAGCCACCCCAGAAGCUGCUCCAACUGAAUGUCAAAGAGAACAGCUUCAUCCAGGCCGCUGCCAUAUCCCCCGAUGCCAAUUGGAUAUGCUACUCCACACUGACGGAGCUCAGGCUAACGCGUGUGAAUCAAGAUCCCCUCUCAGUGGAGCGUCUGGUGGACGAUCUUCCCGAAGAACUUGCUCCAGCGAGUCACAUCAUCUUCACCAAACGCGAUAAGCUGGCUCUCCUGAACCCACAAAACAAUCAUCUUAGCUGGUUCAAUUUAAAGGAGAAUCGUGUUGUCUUCCAAAAUAGCAUUGACUUGAGUAGCCACUGCACAUCUGCGAUUAGCCAUCUGGUGGUUUCCAAUAACGGGGAGUACCUGGUGGCAGCCACAUCUAACAAGCUGAUUGCCGUUUGGAAGCUGCAAGGAAAGAAGUACGAGCACAUGUUGAAUCUGCCGCGAUAUCGCGCGGGAACGACAGUUCUAUCCAUUCAUCAAGAUCAUCCACGGGUUGUGGUGGCGUACGCCGAUGGCCGGUUGGUGGAGUAUGAUUUAGUCAAGAAGAGAUUCACUUGCGAAACGGAGGAGUACCUGAUACCCGACACAAAGCACUACUGCAUCAAUGGCAUCAGUCUAGAUCCCAAGAACCCCAACAUAUUCCUUGUCCACACAGAAACUAACUUGUAUGUCCUGGAGAGGAAUACGUCUCUGAAUCAAGAGGAGUAUGUGGUGGAUUCCAAGUCCAAGAAGUUGGCGAAUCAGAAGCGUUCUUCACUAUCAGAGAGUGCGAAGGGAUUGGUUCUCAAGACUCAGUUGCCAAGACAGCACCUGGUGCACGUGUCCCGGCUGAGUCCUAACGAACUUGUCAACGUCAGCAUUUCGACAAACAAUCUGCUAGCCACGCUGCCGCCGCCGUUCCAGCGCAAGAAGUUCGGUGCCGCGUAGGCGGUGGCAUGGAGGCGACUAACCGGAGGAUGAAUGCAGGAGGACGACUUCGCUUAGGUUUACCUAGUAGUUUCCACAUAGUUACCAAAUAAAAUCAAAGUAGAAAACAA